GGUCUGCUGAUGGAUUGCUGUGUUGGGAAUUCACCGGGCGUCUAUGGUCUGCUCAAACAUACUGGGCCUCUCAAAUUUUUUCCAUGUUUCAACUCUAUUCCCACUCACUACCUCCGAGUUAUGGUAACAGUGGAAAUAUGGUGAGGUGAUCAGCAGUGUUGCAUAAGAGCCUGGCUGCUGGUGGUGGCUCUGCAUCAGAAGUAAACUGGAAAAAUCCAGCUCUGUUCGAUCAAUGUGGAAAUGUUCCACAGGAAGGUAAAUAUAUAAACCAGCGUUCCCCAAAAAGAAUCUGAGCAGCCUCAGCUGCCUUCCUCUUCCUGUAGGCCGUGUUCCUGCGUACAUAUAGUCCAAGAAGAGGCGGCGAUUGAACAGAAGAGGGGAGUAUCGCUGGAGCAAGGGGAGGACCAACAAGAGGGCCCGGGCUGCUGAUUGUAUGGAGGAGUAGGAGGAGGAGGAGGAGGAGGCGGCGGCAAACCAGGACAAUGAUGUUAAAGAACAGCCCUUUAACUUCAUUGUCCACAGCCUACAGGAAGAGGACGUCCUUGUCCCCCUGUUCCAAGGACGAACUCUUUGCUGGAUGGAGAGCCAAUCAGCACAGAGAUCCUCCCGCUCCUCCGGAGGCACGGCAGCUCAUUAAGACCCACUUAGUGCUGACGUCACAAAGCUGCUUACUGCAGCAGGUGAAUGGAGGGAGAAUCUGAGAGAGAAUCUGAGAGAGAUUUGUAUACACUGAUGUUGGACUAAAUAACAGGACAGACAGCAUCAUGACCACUUGUUUUUGUUGAAAGGACACAUACUGAUUUGAGGGAUUACUAAUGAUCCGGAUUCUGUGUCUGUCUGGAAGUUUGUGAGUGGACCAAGCAGCCGGUAUGGAGGGCGACGGGAAGGUGACGCCCCAGCUGAUGAUGGCUGUGGGGACAGCUGUGAUUGGCUCUCUCCAGUUUGGCUACAACACAGGUGUCAUCAAUGCUCCUCAGAAUAUUAUUGAGAGCUUCUACAACGAGACGUGGAGCAGCAGGUUUUCAGAGCCCAUCCCUCAGACCACUUUAACAGCUCUGUGGUCGCUCUCUGUGGCCAUCUUCUCUGUGGGCGGGAUGUUCGGCUCCUUCUCUGUCGGCCUCUUCGUCAACCAGUUCGGCAGGAAGAACUCCAUGCUCAUGGCCAACGUACUCGCCUUCAUUGCUGCCGUGUUCAUGGGCUUCUCCCAACUGGCUGCUUCCUAUGAGAUGCUCAUCAUUGGCCGGUUCAUAGUGGGUCUCUACUCUGGUCUGUCCACUGGCUUUGUGCCCAUGUAUGUUGAAGAAAUCUCACCCACGUCUCUCCGUGGAGCGUUAGGAACUCUGCAUCAGCUCGGUGUCGUGAUCGGCAUUCUCAUGGCACAGAUCUUUGGGAUUGAAUCCCUCAUGGGGAAUGCCUCCCUGUGGCCCCUCCUGCUGGGUUUUACUUUCCUGCCAGCAGUGCUGCAGUGUAUCCUGCUGCCCCUCUGCCCCGAAAGCCCCCGGUACCUCCUCAUCAACUGCAACGAGGAGAGCAAAGCCCGCAGCAUCUUGGUGAAGCUGCGGGGAACUGACGACGUGAGUGAGGACAUGCAGGAGAUGAGGGAGGAGAGCCAGCAGAUGAAGAGGGAGAAGAAAGUGACCAUCGCCGAGCUGUUCCGCUCCCCCAUGUACCGCCAGCCCAUCUUUGUUGCCAUCAUGCUGCAGCUCUCGCAGCAGCUGUCUGGAAUCAACGCUGUGUUUUACUACUCAACUGGGAUCUUUGAGCGAGCAGGCGUGUCGCAGCCUGUUUAUGCAACCAUUGGUGCAGGAGUGGUCAACACCGCCUUCACUGUGGUUUCUUUGUUUGUGGUGGAGCGAAUGGGCAGAAGACCACUUCACCUCAUUGGUUUGAUGGGAAUGGCAGUUUCAGCAAUUUUUCUAACUGUUGCCAUGGCGCUGUUGGACCAGCUCAAGUGGAUGUCCUAUGUCAGCAUUGCAGCCAUCUUCAGCUUUGUAGCAUUUUUUGAAAUUGGCCCUGGCCCCAUUCCCUGGUUCAUUGUGGCCGAGCUCUUCAGCCAGGGGCCCCGCCCUGCUGCCAUUGCAGUUGCUGGUUUCUCCAAUUGGUCUGCCAACUUCUUAGUAGGGAUGUGCUUCCAGUAUGUCGAGCAACUCUGUGGUCCGUACGUCUUCAUCAUCUUCACGGUCCUGCUGCUGGGCUUCUUCGUCUUCACCUACUUCAAGGUGCCAGAGACCAAGGGCCGAACCUUUGAUGAGAUUGCAGCAGGCUUCCGCCAGUCGUCUGGCCGCGGUUCUGACAAAUACUCAGCCGCUGAGGAGUUCAGCACCCUCAGGGGGGAUGACCCUGACCUCUGAAAGCUGCCGUACAUGCACACAUUCAAAGCUACCUGUUACACUUGGGGUACACUGCUAGAACGCUAUCAAAUUCAAAUAUCUUAUAAACUAAUGAUAUGCUCAUGUUUACAUAAGAGGUUCAGUCUUCAGACAGACGAUGGAUCGACGGACUGAGGACAUCACUGUUAGUUACUCUGGGCUCUGUCUGCAGCUCAGGAAAUCUGUUUUCAGCUCCUGCCAUCUUGAUGAAAGUGGUAUCUCAGGCUUUAAACUGAAGUGAGUGAUUAAAUGGAGUGAGAGACAGGCUGUGAUGCAGCAGAAAGAGCAGGAUGGGUUUAGACUGUAAAUAUCAGUAAGUAUCUUAUUCAGAACCUCCCUGUGAACCUACAGCACAUGAUUUGAAACUCUCGUUUUCUAUUUUGGUGUUCAUAGGAUCAGGUUUGAAGUGUUAGAUGGACUGCUUAAAUAUUAGAUCUUAACUUUCUGUUGGUCACAAGUUCAUUUUGAAAAGUGAACCACAGUUUCACAAGAACAGCAGCAGAUGGAAACUCUGUUAAACUGUUAGAUUUUUGAGCCCAUAUUUGUGUGCUACAAAAAGACAAUUGUGGUGGCACCAACGUGUGUGUGUGUGUGUGUGUGUGUGUGUGUGUGUGUGUGUGUGUGUGUGUGUGUGUGUGUGUGUGUGUGUGUGUGUGUGUGUGUGUGUGUGUGUGUGUGUGUGUGUGUGUGUGUGUGUGUGUGUGUGUGUGUGUGUGUGUGUGUGUGUGUGUGGUAAUGUGUGUGUGAAGGUGAGCUCAGACUGAGCACAAAGUCUCCUUCCAUUGUUGGUAUGAAUUUGACGGCUGAGGCUGACGUCCUCACAGAUGUUGACGAGCUAGUCUUGGUUGUCGUUGCUUGGGUGUUCCAGGAAGUAGCUCAUUAACCAACAUUAUGUGAAAUUGUGCCAAGGAGCACGUCUUUUCUGUGUGUGUAGUCUUGGCGGCACUGAGCAUACGAAGAGGGGUCCUAAAAACUGUAGCAAUGAUCUUCACCUGGUAGACUGGACUUCUUUACAGUAAAUUACUGUGGAGCUCACAGACAAAUUUCACACUCAUUUAUACAAAGUUAAAGGAAAAGUUAGACAUUUUGGGGAAUAUGCACUUUCUAUCAGGUGGAGAAACUUAGUUAAAUAAUGAAAAUUUGAUUAGCUAAGAUUUAACCAAAACCCUGAUGUUGUCUGAAUGUAAUCCAAAAUGUUCUUAUGGCCUGAACCUAAACACAUGCAGAGCGCAGCAUGUAAACUACCGUCUCCAGUGUGAGACACUAAACUAACAAAACAAACAGAAUUUAUAAUUUAAUUAUAUAAUUUACUUAAUUACUUAAUUCACGUCAGUAUUAUAUAAUUUUCAUCCAAUUUAUGUUUUUUUCUGGCGUGAAUUAUAAUUGAAUCCACAGGUCAAAGUCUUCUGCCUGAAGAGUAAGAAAGUCAUACACUAAUAUCUUUAGCAUCCCUUUUCCUCAGUUACAUUUCUAUAUGUAGUGUAUUUGUAUUUUUAACAUCCCUGUCAUAUUAGUGUACACGCAGAGGGCACAAUAUUUUAUAUGUGAUAAUUAACACAGAAAUGCCGGAUGACUUGAACAGAAUGAAUUAAUGAAUUGUGCUGUGAUUUUUAUGAAGUUGCUGUGUCCAACAGAACUGUACGGUGUUUUAGAAAAUAAAAGUUAAAUCCAC